CUCAUACCUCUCUCAGUGGCCGAGGAGCAGACGGAAACCUUUUCCCCAUGCAAAGUCCGGAGAGAAACUGAGGCACGCGGCAGCAAAAGACAACGGCAGCUUCCCCCUUCGUCCCAGCUGCUUUUGCGGGGGUGGAGCUGCAGCAUCCACCAGAGCCCCCACUGGGCCCCUGAACCCCCAAUCCCAGCAGCAGAGAUGGCACCAGUGGCUGGAGUGAACGUGGUGGUGGUGGUGGACGGGAACUGUAUCCUCCAAUACACUCAUCGGGACUCUCCCUGCCAUUGUCUCUGCCAUGGGGAUGCCCUGCUGGCCCGCCAGCCUCCUACCUGCUAUGGGACUGCUGCACCCUGCAGCCCCCCUGCCGCUGGGCCCCCCCUCUCCCGCCGGGCCCGGGGCCUGGGGGUCCGCUGUUGCACUGAGUUUUGCCUGGGGGAGGAAGAGGAGCGGGCAGAGGGGAGACCCUGUCACCAGGGGGCGCCCCCCCGCCGUGCCCCCCCGCCCAGCUGGCUGACGCCGGUGCCCCUGCCCCGCAGCGCCACGGGGCCCUGGUUUACGGUGGAGGCACCAAAGGACGGUGGACCCGGGGCCCAGGUGGCGAGGAUCUGGGACCGGGGGCGCUGCCCCAUGCUGGAGGAGGGCGACCUCGUGGCCAAGGUGAACGGGGCCGACGUGAGGGGCCUCGGGCCCCAGGAGGUGGAGAAUGUCCUGCAGCAGCACACGCGAGCUGGGGACGUCAUACUGCUGGUGGAGCGGAAAGGUCCUGGACUCCACCAGCCCCCCCUGGAGCCCCUGAUCUCCAUCCCCUCCCCCUGCGGGGAUACCCUGGCUGUCACCAGCUUUGUGGGGCCUGAACCCAGGGACGUGCUGCUGUGCUCGGCCCGCUGCCACGGGGGGGAGGCCUGGAGGUUGCAACACCCCCAGCCCGCAGGGGACCCCGGGGAGCUGGGGGGCAGCGUGGCCCCGGACAGCACCGAGAGAGCAGUAGACAGACUGGUACCUGGGCCCAGCGGUGACCCCCCUGGUGUGAAGCGUCUAGAGGAUGGGGGGCUCCUGGCUCGGUUCUCCCACCCUGAACUUGGGGGCCUCUUUCGCCAGGUGGGGGCCAAGGUCCGGCUGCGAAUGCUGCCCCCACUCAGGGACAUGGCUGCCUCCAGCGACCUGGCCGGGGCCGACAUCCAGGUGGAGGAAGGAGCCGGGAGGCCGGGGUGCCGGCUGCCCCAGCCACAGUGUCUGUCAGCCCCCCGGGACCCCCCCAGCUACUCGGUGGAGCUGCUGCGCGGCCCCCUCGGUUUCGGGUUCAGCCUGCGGGGGGGCAGUGAAUACAACAUGGACAUCUAUGUGCUGGGGCUGCUGGAGGGGGGGCCGGCCCAGCAGAGUGGCAAGAUACAGGUCAGUGACCAGCUGCUGGAGAUCAAUGGGGAGCCCACGCUCGGCAUGACGCACGUCCGGGCCGUGGAGCAGAUCCGCCGGGGGGGCAGCCGCAUCCGCCUGGUGCUCAGGAAAGGCGACGGCUUCGUCCCUGACUACGACCGUGAGCACAUCCCCAGCCCCGCCAGGCGGGACCAGAUGCCAGAGGGUGGACAGGCACGACGCGGCUGGAGAGCAGACACAGGCGAGAGGUCUCCACGCUGGGGACGGGAUGCCAGGGGCUGCCUGGAGGCUUCGCCCAGCAGUGCCGAGCGAGGAUCCCAGCACUGCCACCAACGCGGGUCCCGGGACCGUCGGGGCGCAGAGCAGGGCUGGCCAGCAUCGGGGAACGAGGCGGAGGCCAGGAAGGGAGAGAGCGGGUCCCCCCAGAGGGAGCAGGUCUGGAGGGGCCUCUCGGAACCAGCCCCCGGGCCCUGGCUGGUGCCCAGCAAGGAGCGCCUCUCGCAGGCCCUGAGGGGCGUCUGCAUGGGGGAGGGGCAGGACGAUGAAGGGGGCAGCCUGGGGAGGGGCAAAGGCAGGGAGGUGAGGCGGAGGACCUAGUCCAGCCCCGCCCGGAGCAGGAUGUUCUCAGUGCCUGGGAGAGUCCACCCACCCCUCAUCUGGAUGUGCAGUGGUACCUUCCAUUCUUCUCUCCACCCCUUCAACCAAGGCCCAGCUAGGUAGUGGUACCCUCCACUCUUGUUCCCCUCCUCAUUUUGAUUAAUGGUACUGUCUAAUCUACUCACAGUGGUACCUGCCAUUUCCUCCUCACCAAUCAGCUAGGCAGUGGUAUCAACCUCUCCUGUCCCCCACCCUCUGGGCUGUGAAAUGGUACCUUCAGUUCGUCUUGUGCAUGUCUAGCCCCCCAACCAUGCAAUGAUGGUACUUUCCUAUCUCCCCUCCCCCAUUCACAAUCAGUACUGAUACCUUCUACUCUGAUGGUACCCUCCCCCCCCGCACUGGUCUGUGCAAUGGUGCUGUCCACUGCUGCCCUGUUUGGCAAUGGUAUUGUCCACUGGUAAUUUUGCAUCCCCCAUGUCAGGAUUGCAAUGGUACUGUCCACUCUACCUUGCCAGCACUCCACAGAGCCACACAUGGACUGACCCAUUCUAUGGAGAGGGAGGAAAUUGAGCCAAUCCAUUCCGUGGGGGAGACUUUCCUGGCAUAGAGCAAUGUCAGAUGGACUGAUCCAAAAGAGGUGGGAGCCACCACAUGUGGCUUGAUCCACUCCAUGUAUGGGGGGGACUGAUCCAUUCCAUGGGGGGGAGGAAAUGGACCAACCAUUCCCUUGAGGUGGGGGAAGGAUAUCACCAAGGGCCAAACUAUUUCAUAGAGCAGGGAGGAAUAGACCAAACCAUUGCAGGUUCACAUGUGGACUGAUCCAUUCUGUGCAGCAGUGAGGGGGAGAGAAUCACAGACCUAUUCCAUGGAGGGGCGCAGAAUGGUUCGAAGUGGGGGGAGAUGGGAAAUGGUUGGUUAUGCUCCAGAAGGGGUCCUCCUUCCCCAGGGGAUAGGAGGUGUAGGGGGGUCGUGGUCUCGCAUUAAGAUGCUGCAGUUGCCUUGGUUUCUGUCUCCAUGGGGACAGACUUUAUUUAAAAUGAACAGAAACUCUCUUACCGGCAAUGAAUAAAAAAGAAAAAACCCAAGGGGUUUGUGGUUGUGUCGCCUGAGUCAU